AUGGCCCCUCAAUUUAAGAAGCUCACUGACUGCCCGGAAAACCUCCGCGAGGCCAUCGAUUGGCUGAUACAGAUUAAGAACGGGAAAACGGAUGGUAUUAAGAACUUGUCAGAGGCUUUGCAAAAGUUCAUUACAGAUGCUAUCUGGGUUACUCAAGAUGGUAUUAAUAGCCGAAAGGAAAAGGUCGAAAAAAUAUAUGAUAUCGCAGCGAAGCGAUCUAUGCUUAACAAACUUGGCGAGCAGGAGAAAUCCUUCGAUAAACUUCAGGAGAGCCUCACCCCAUUAUUAGAGAACCUACAACUGACUUCGAAAUAUCCCGAAAAAAACUUUUUAACGCAAUUAUGUGCCGGCUUAGAAACCUUUAUAGGCUACAAUUCUGGAAAUUAUACUGGGGAGGGCAUAGUUUACGGCGAUUGUGACCGCCUGCGAGACGCCGUUACAAUGUUCUUAAAUGGAGUGUUUGACAGUAUUAAAAGUGAUGAUGCGGUAGGGAAAUACGUCGUUAAUGUUGAUGAGAUCAUAAAGUUUCUCAAUAAGAAAAUUGGUAAUGGACAUGCGGGAUUUAUUUCUGCAAUAAGCAGUGUGGAGUCCACAUUGUCUAUGUGGAAUAACAUGUUUACACAGCGGACUAACGAGGUUAAGGGUCAAUUAGGUGAGUUGAAGGAUAAGCAUAUAAAUAAGUAUUCGCAGAAUAUUGAAGCUGUGAAAGACAAUGGUUGUACAGCGAUAAAUACUUCAUUAAUGCAGUCUAUAGUUAAACUCAAAGCAUUUUUGACUGGCAUUAGGAAAAAUGAUGAAGGAUUUAAUGGCCUUGAUACUGGCUUAAAAGAUAAAUUGAAUGUGCCGCUAGAAAAAAUUGAUGAGGGAAUAGAAAUGCUGCAGCAUGCUUUACAUGACGAAGAUUUAUCGAGAGCAGUGAAAGUUAUCGAGUCGACUUUUAAUAAAUUGCCUGCCGAACUUUAUAAAUUCAUAUCCGAUAAUGUUACGAUUACAAUUGGUGAGUAUGAAAAAGCAAUUAAAAAGAUCAAACAGAAAGUUAAAAAUGAUAUUGUCGCUUUACGUGACGAUUUCAUAAAUAAACGCCUCGCCCUGGCACAAAAAGAUUUGCAGCAUGCGGUGGAACGUGCAAACAGCAACGCUUCUAACUUGGGAGGGUUAAGGAAUGGAGUAGUUAAAAGUGCGAUUGAGAUUAUUGAAAAAAUGUUGAAUAGCGCGGAUACUGUUGAAGACCAAAAGGCAUUACUUGAUUUAAAGGCUGUGACUGUGGGGCCGCAGAUCGAAGCGAUUAGACAGGAGUUGAGUGAGGGCGCAACGAACAUGACUAAUGCAUUAAAAACAUUAAAUACUACGAUUGAAGAACCUACCGAAACAUUUAAAAAUAAGCAUCAAGAUGAGUUGAUAAGUCUCGUUGAGCAAGCCAGAAAUGAUCUAACAAAAGCUCUUCAUUGCGCCAACGAACACGCCAAGAACUUAGGAGGGUUGAAGAAUAAAACGGUUGAGGUGGCUCUAAAUCAAAUUGAAGAAAGAUUGAAUACUGUUGAUACACACGUUAAUAGUCUGAAAACGCUUCAGGAGUUGGCACAAGACCCUGUCGGAGUGCAUAUUGGGCAUAUUACGGAUGCGAAAAAUCCAGGUGGAAGCGCUGUUGAGAUUCAUGUUACUAGUUUGCAAGGUAAUAUUGAUGGCCCUGAUGAUGCAUUUAAUAAGCAUAAAUCGAAAUUAAGUGGUUUGGCCCGAAAAGCUCAGACGAAUUUGGAUAAUAUUAUUGGGAAGGCUCAAGACUGCAUUAUGGCGCACGGAGGGUUAAAUAACGUUUCGUUUAAAAAUGCUAUUCAGAAGAUUCAGGAGAAGUUGGAUACUGUGGAAACUGAUAGACUUGAUAGUAUGGACGCGUUAAAGAGAUUAGAAAAGGAGCCUGUUGGAAAUCAGACACAAGCGAUUAAACUUUUGCUUAAUAAAGAUGCGGAACAAAUUACCAAGAAUUUAAAAAACUUAGAAGAUAAAUUUGCCAAUACUGAUAAAGUAUUUGCGGGGUAUAAAAGGUCAUUGGAAAGCUUGGCCGAGCAGGCAGAAAAGGAUUUAGUGGAGGCCUUAGUGCAGGCUGAUGUAUAUGUAUUAUGCACAGACUUUGGAUUGAAAAAAAAAAUUAUGGAUGCGUUCGGGCAUGUAUUGAAGACUGAGUCUAAGAACAGGACGGGCGAAGCCAAAAAUUUGGCUAAACAAGUUGUUGCAAAACUUAAUGCCCUUAACAAAGAUUUUAAUUCAUCUUAUAGGGGUGACAUAAAUAAUACAUUCACUAAACUGCCAAGUUACAUUAGUACCAUAGAGAGCCGAAUUGAAGCCAAACUUCGAUCCAACGGAGAUAACGACACUGACAUUAUUGCUUGGAUUUAUGAUGUCACCUCAUCUCUUUUGGAUUAUACACUUAAAGAAGCCAACGCCGAUGUUAUAAAAUCCGACCAGGCGUAUCGAAAAUCGGUUAAGGCUGCACUUCAGCUGAUUAAGGUACAUAUACAAACUCUUAAAACGAAUGCUCAGAAUGACCAACUUGAAGGUUUUCUCGGCGGAUAUGAAAGACAUUUCUCCACUAUUCAAUCGGCCGUCACCGAUCAUUCUGUUUACGAUGAUGACAAAAAAGCGCGUGAGAAGUACUUUUCUAACCUCAUGCAACUAUUCAACGAUACGAUUUCCACACUGUCUGUUGCCUACAAAAAUGCAUAUAAGAGCGCUGCCAAAUCGUACCUCAGCGGGGCGAUUAGCAAGAUAAAUGCGGAAGUGAAAGCAGCUGAGGUGCAAUAUCAAAUGUCUAUCAAUGGCUUAACUUCUCGGAUUGCAUCGGAGAUUGUGCAUCUUAUGGAGAAGGCAAGACAAGAUAAACUUGGCGAAGUCAUCUCUAACAUUGACGCACCCCUCAAGCAGAUAACCGAAGCAAUCAAACAAAAAUCCGUCUUUCAGAGUGACAUCGCCGAUCGAGAAACGUAUUUCGACAAUCUGAGAGACCUUAUUACUAAUAAUGUGCAUACUCUUGACACCGCUUACCAAAAUGCAUACAAGAGCGCGGCUAAGGCUUAUCUCAAUGGAGCGAUCAGUGCAAUAAAAGGCGCAGUUAAUAAGGUACAACAUACUUAUGUGACUAAGGUUAAACUAGAUGUCGAUUUAUCUGGGAUUAAUCAUGAAGUGUUUACAAAACAGGCAACGAGAGCCCCAUUAACUGGAACGCUCACUGUACCAUUCACAGAGUUUCUACAGCAAGUAGAAAAAAACUCAAUAUUCAUAGCUGAUUUCACUGAACGUAAAGAAUGCUUCAACCAACUUCAGAAAUUAAUUACAGGCACACUUGCCACCCUCUCUGCUGCCUAUAAAAAGGCCUACCAAAGUUCCGCGAAGACGUAUCUUAGUAACGCAAUUUAUGCGAUUCGACAAAAGGUAAAUACAGCUGAAUUGCAAUACACGGCGGCCGUUAGUAGAGAAAUUGAGAAACUGAAAGGAAAAAUUACUGCGCUUCAGGAUGACAUUUUUAAAGAUGAUAAGUCGAAAAAAAAAGAGCCUAAGGAAAUGCUAAAAAGAAAGCAAUUAGGAGAAUCGUUUACCGAGAUUUUCAAAGAGCUGCAGAAAACUGUGGAAGAAAAUUCGGCCUUCCGUACAGAUUUGAAUGCUCGUAGGGACCGUUUCACUCAACUCCAAACUUUAAUAAAAAAUACGACGGACACUAUUGCUAAAUCUAGUGAAACAUUCGACAUAUGUGUUACUCUUUCUGAUCAUUACCUUAAUGAAUCUUUCAAGGAUGCUGAUCACAGGUUUAAUAUGCUUGGGUCAAGCGUUAAAGUUCGAGUUAAAGAAGCGUUCGACAAAAUCACUGCUGAAGUUCGCACGAUGUACGCCAAGGAUCGCAUAGCCAACAUAAGAGCCUUACAAUCGUUGGUUGAAAGGCAACAAAUAAAUGUGGGGAAAAUAAUUGAGGAAGAUAGACUCACCGGUAUCAAAGGUUUACUACAGUUGCUGAAAACAUGGUUUAAUAUGAAAAAUGCGGAACUAACAAAUGCGGAAACUAUGGGUUCGGUGGCUGCAAAGUUUAAAGGCCUCUACGAUAUUCUUCACAAGUACGUGAAGUUUCUAUACGACGGCAUGGAAGUGGAGGGCGAUAGCGAUACCGAUGACAAUCCCGUAUCGCGACCAGCCCCGCCACCCAUUUCGGGUGGCGGUUACAGAGCGAGGCCGGCCAUGCUAUCUGUAUCAUCAAAGGACCCGAAUGCACCCCAACCUGCUGGACGUGCAGGUUACUCAGGUGAAAUGCGCAGGACGUCCACAGGGCAACAGUUUUUAUCUGCACAGCCCAUUAAAGAUCCCAUUUCAGAUUACUUUGAUAGGCUUGAUCAUCACACUCGAGGACUUUUCGGCACGCUAUCGUCUGGGUACUUCAAUAAGUCAUUCGCAUCGAAACUCGAGGAAUUCGUACGGUUCCUUGAACCAAUGAGCCCGUUUAAGUUCGGCAGGCACUGCGAUCCUUUGCUCUACAUCCUCAAGUCAGGUCUUCAGUCUUUCCUUAGGGAACUCGGCAGGGCAUAUAUCUCCACGUACUGCGGAGCGGCUUAUGUUUUUAAGUGGGAAAUUAAUGGUGAUAAAUGCGCCAAGGUCUGCCUUACCAUGCUAGAGAUACUGUUCCAUGAUCUCGAUGGAUUGCGUAAUAAGGUAAAGACUAAAGGCGAGUGGAAUGAUAAACACAUUCGUUUAUAUAAUAUCGCUAAUAGUGAGAAAACUGAUAAUCACCUGGGCGCUUGGUUCCAGCAUCGCGGUUUUACAGUGUCUGUUGAUAAGGACACCCAAAACGGCGAGUUGAGCAGGAUCAAGACGGGCGCAGACAUAAUCACUCGACUGGUUGGCGAUGGCACGAGAGUAAACGACAAAAUAUACGCUGGGCCAGACAAAACGGAUGGCGCGCUGCAGGAUCUCCACUACCACCUUGAGAAAUACUACGAAGUAUGUCACCGCCGAGACAUCCCGGACGCCAGGGCACCGACCACAAUAUACGAAAUGUUGCAUUGGCUCGGUGGGCUCUGGUACAACCCUGUGUUCGUUCCUCUGCAGGAGAGCCUUAAAAAAUUGUUGGAAGAUGUCGAAAGGGAAAACAAAGUUGAAACUGAUAAGCUAAAAGUCGCUCUGCCUUAUAGGAGAAGCGUUAGCAUGACUAGAACACUGACUCGCAAGGAAUUAAUAUACGUGUUCAACAACUCAACAAUUCGCGCAAAUAAGAUGCUGAUCGCCAUACUCGGUCAUGGUCAAGAGGACGGACGGUACGCCUGUGACUUCCUCACAAAUCCGGAUGAUUUGUUGUAUCCAAGCAACCCAGAUAAAUGUCUCGAUUUGCUCGUGGAGAUAUCGUUGCGGGUGAAUCAUCAGAUUCGUUUCCUAUUUAAGCAGUGCCACAACGGUCCUGAGUGCGGUGGGUGGCGUGACUGCCUAUACGGCAAGGGUGUAGGCGGGUCUCGUUGGCAGUGCAAUGAGCUGCAAUGCUCCAACCAAGAGUGUGACCAAAAGUGCAGGCAAUAUUACUCCUGCGGCGUAAAAUCACCCCUGCAAUUGUUCCUGGAAGAUGGUUUGCCGGGGUUCCUGCCGCAUCCAUUCGAGAAGCCUGAUUGUAAGAUAACAUGUUCGCUGCCCAACCACAACGGCAUCCCGUGUAAGACGCCGAUGGGUUUCCGGGACCUAAGUAUACGGGCGUCUCAUCAGCAAAAAGGUGAACGUAUCAAAAAGGUGCUCGAUUGGUUCUGUGGCACAGAAAACGAAUCGCUGAACUUGCUUUGCUCCUAUUUCUUACUGCUGCUGCGCCGUCCUCCGCAAACUUUGUGCGACAUGUUUGCGUUUUAUUACAACUUCCUUGACCACUAUGAUGAUGACCGGUCAACGCAAAAAGAGCACAGGCGACUAGCAUUUAACGAUGCCGUCACUAGAGCCAAUCUCGGAUGUCCUUUCGAUGCCUUAAACCCAAGUACCAUAUUGUGUACUAGCAAACAUAAUCCAACCGACGGGAAACCAACCCAUGAGAAAGGUGACUUAUUCAGCCUCCUAUCUUGUAAUCCUGAGGAUUCGCCAACAAUGCCAUGCGGCCGAUACUUACAAUCUAUCGGCGACGACAUCCGACUGCUGUACUAUGGAGAGCACGCUGGUCUAUAUCUUUCAUGGAUUAUAUACCAGGCAGAAACAUUCUAUAAUUUACUUAAAGACCUAUCUGAUAGAUGUUGCAAAAGCUGCACGUCCCCAGGGUCAAUAUGCUAUGGUACACGCUGUGCCAAAGAUUGUCAUGUAGCAUCAGUUUAUAAAGCCAAUAAAUCAACUGACAAUAAAGAAGACUUAAAGGCACUCGAUGGCAAAAAGCACAAUGAUGAGUGCAAUUCCAUUGUAAAUUGCUCUAAUACACACUCAAUAUUGUAUACAUACGGAUUUACGUUUGGCAGUCCAUUCGACCUUAGCGGUGGAAAUAACAAGAUGGAGAAAAAACGCACGUGCCAAGAUUUCUGCCGCGCAUUGGACAACGUGCUUAACAAAGAAAAGCAUGUUGAAGCUCCACUUGCCAAGUUGGUAUUUGAUAUAAUUCCAGAAUAUCUAUGGGUGAUCAGAGAGCCCUUCUUCUGGACCACCGUAGCCCUAUGGCUCCUUUCUCUCCUCUACCUGCUCCACAUCAUGGUCAUCCGCCUCGACCUGCUCCACAUCAAAUCGCAUCUACAUAGUCCCUCAUCUCACCGCAUCGCCGCCCAAUCACUACUUGCUGCUGGACGUGUCAGUAAACUGGGGAAGAUAUCAUAUCUGCAACCUUGA